AGUAAAACUUCUUGUGUUGGAAUAAUCAGAUUCUUCCUUUGCUUUUUAUUAAAAACUGAACAUACUGAAUUAACUAUGGUUGAGCCAUACAUUGGUAAAUGGAAAAUGACUUCAAGUGACAGUUUUGAUGAAUACAUGAAAGCUGUAGGUGCUGGUUUUGCCUCUCGGCAAAUGGCAAACCUGGCAAAACCCAGUCUGUCGAUUGCAGUGGAUGACCAGGGCUUGAUCUCUAUGAAAGCUGUCACUACUUUCAAGACACUGGAAAUUAAAUUCAAAUUAGAUGAAGAAUUUGAUGAGACAACAGCAGAUGACAGGAAAGUGAGGACUACCAUGAGCCUUGUAGAUGGUAAACUUAUUCAAAAGCAGACUUGGGAGGGGAAGACCACAAUAAUCGAAAGAGAGAUUCAAGAGUCAAAAAUGAUAGUGAAAUGCACCAUGGAUGAUGUGGUCGCCAUCAGAAUGUACGAGAAAGAUGCUUAACCUCUGUGCUUUAAAACAGAUUAAAGAGCUCAUUGGAUUUGAAUAUGGUUGAAUUUAACUGCUCUUAAUUCGCUGUGAAAUAUUAAUAGUUUUCUUGCAAUAAAAUACUUUUUUAGCUUUAUAAAAGCAACAAUAAUAUGAUACAAUAAAAAAACUAAAA